AUGAAGAUUUCUGUUGGAACUCACGGCCGCGAACCAUUGAAAGGUGAAUAUGAGGGCACAUCGGCCAUCUUUGCUAUCACGCCUGAUUUCUGUCCAGCACCCAUCGCUUGGGGCAGUCUCAAUAUUCAGGAAGAUUCUCAUUUCUACCUUUGCAAAUUCUAUGACUUUACGGAUGGCGUGCCUGAGCCCGUGUCAUUUUGCGAGAAGCUUGCGCGGCUGCAUUCGAGCGGUAGUUCUCCCGAAGGAAAGAUUGGCUUCCAUUAUACUACAUACAACGGAGACUUGCCCCAGGACAGCACUCGGCACAACAGUUUGGAGCAAUUUUUUACCAAUAAACUACGAAAUGUUCUUCAAGUCCGUAAAGACCGGGCAGGUCCCCAUGACGAGCUGGACUCUCUGCUCCCUGACCUCUUCGACAAGGUAAUUCCACGACUGUUGCCCCCACUGGAGACGAGUGGUCGCACCAUAAUACCGUCUCUGCUUCAUGGUGAUUUAUGGUGUGGGAAUGCCAGUAUUUUCACUCGUUUGUACUUUGACGAGUACCAUUCACAUGUGCCAAAGGCUGAACCCGCCGAGGAUUACGAUGAUAGGAACGCUCUGUAUGCUCUACGAUUCGACUUGCACGCUGCGGCACUCUUCUCAACCCAGGAGGAAUAUGUUCAGAUGGCCAUUGACGAAAUCCAACGGCUGGUAGAAAAGUUACAUGAUGGAAUCACCAAAUGCACAGAGUAA